GCUGGACGUUGUCCAGAGGUUAUGGCCACCGCGGCGACACAACGGGGGAAAUAAACAGCUCCACUGCGGGUCUUCUCAACCGGGUCGACACUGUUUAACUAGAUUGGAUGUGCUUCAAGUAGCUAGAACUAGUGGUCUGUUGUGAGUUAACUUAAUCACACACGUCACGUUAUUAUAUUUUGCUGCUUCUAAUGCAAACCACUGACUGACCUACGUGACGUCCUGCUUUCGCUCCUGGCUUUCAUAAUACUUCUGCUUUCCCCACUUAGGAGUUUUUCUUUUUUCACACGUUCUUGUGCCAUUAUCGAUAGUUAAAUAAAUAAGUUAUAGCAUUAGUCCUGACAGCUCAGUGUCACACAGUUUGAGGUGUCAAGCUGUGAGAAGCAGCAGCAGCCACAGCAACUGCAUCUCUGAUCCCCCAAGAACUGAACUGUAAGAGAAAUGAAGGAGAUCUGCUGUCAGAUCAUGAGUCACCUGUUUGCUGAACAGGAUUGAACGUUGCGGAUUGAUGUGCGCAGCAGAGUAAAAGGUCGCAUCAUGAGCGGAGAGCCGGAUGCGCUGGCCGUGGUGAACCAGCUGCGAGACCUGGCUGCUGACCCUCUCAACAGACGAGCCAUUGUUGAGGAUCAGGGCUGCCUGCCAGGCCUCAUCCUCUUUCUUGACCACCCCAACCCGCAAGUCGUCUACUCGGCGCUGCUGGCCGUGCGCUACCUGGCAGAAUGCCGCGCCAACCGGGAGAAAAUGAAGGGCGAGCUGGGCAUGGUGCUGAGUCUGCAGAAUGUUGUGCAGAAAUCGACGAGCCCCGGGGAGACCAAACUGCUUGCCUCCGAGAUCUAUGAGAUCUUGCAAUCAUCUGGUGAAGCAGAGGCCUCUGGGGCUGCCUCUUGCCGCCGCAAGGCCCAGUUCUUCCUAGGGGCCACCAAUAAGCGUGCCAAGACUGUGGUCCUCGAGAUUGAUGGCCUGGACGAUGCUAGUCGGAGAAGCUUGUGCGAGGAGGCCUUGCUAAAGAUCCGGGGCGUCAUCAGCUUCACCUUCCAGAUGGCUGUCAAGAGGUGCGUGGUCCGGAUCCGCUCAGAUCUCAAAGCUGAGGCGCUAGGCACAGCUAUCGCUUCCACAAAGGUAAUGAAAGCCAAGCAGGUGGUGAAGGGAGAUGAUGGGAGCGAGGUGAUGAUCCCCUUUGAGGCGGAUUCCCAGGUGGAGGUGGAGCAGAACACGGACAUCCCUGACUAUUUGCCGGAGGAUGAGAGCCCCUCUAAAGCAUUGGACAAGGCUGUAUCACGCGUAGGCUCCAUGCAAGAUGGUGUGGGCUGGCUUGCCACUGCUGCUAACUUUCUGUCCCGUUCUUUUUACUGGUGACCCUCCUCCAGCCCCCAUGGGUAUCGGACCACAGCAGGGCAAUACGCAAUAAUAUAUCCAUGUAUUUAAAACGAGCAAAGAAGCACAACCAUAGCUACAUACACCCGCUGAAUGCACGCUGUCUGCUGCAUAUGAGCUGCACCAGUGCCACCGCCAAACCCCCACCAGCUAGCGAUGAACACCCGGUUCAGGUUGGGCUCACCUGAAGCUUUUGUCCAUUCCUUUGGCUUAACAUGGAAAAACAGGAAUCAUUGUUUACUACUGGGUCCAUCUUCUCAUCUUCUGAAUCCCAUGGCUUGUUGGGAUGUUGAGCUUUUCUCACACAAAUCAGAUUGAAGCCUGGACUCUGACUUUGUCCCAGGCAAAGCAGGUUCCUGAUAGAGGGGAAAAACAGGAAGUCAAUUUUAACACUUUUUUCUUACUAAAGAUUUAGGUUUUUUUCUGUAAUCAUUUGUCUACACAAAUUAUGUGUGCUUCCAGAGCAUUAUGAGUACUGUGGUCUGUUUCAGUGGCCUUUUUUCUGCCUACAUUUUUUGCCUUUUUUGCUUUGAACACUAUUUGUAUUAGUAUUUUUGUUUCAACUUCUAAACCCCUCACAAGAAGAAAAUGUUCUUUUGUGUAUUUUCACUUGUAAUGGUGCCAUCGGAAUUUUUAAGAAACAUCUUUAAUUCCUGAACACUAAUUAUUAUUGAAGGAUAACAUACUGUUUUACUAUUGAAAGUGUAUCGUACUGGUUGAAGACCUAGGUUACUGGUUCAAGUCCACAAGGUGUCCAGGUACACUGUAUAACUUUAUUUGCUGCAGUACAAUGUCUAUAUUUCUAUUAAGGGUAAAAUUGGAAGCAAAAUUCAUUUGGCUAAAAAUGAAGUAUUAUUUACCUAAAUAUGUUUACCCCAAAGUGUAAUAAAGUUGGUAGUUUAGAGUAUAGCUGCUAUGUGUUAAACUCUGAAAUUGUCCUGAUUUAGUCAUAGCGCUUUUGCUGCUGCUCUUUCCAUGGUUCUACCAGCUGUAUGAGGACUUCCUACCUCUCCGUGGAACUUCUCCAAGCAAGAUAAACUCCAGCCCAAAAGAGUGGUCUGUCAGUAGAUGCAUGUGAUACCACUCUACCACUUAACUGUGCCAUCUACAGAGACCUGACCUAGUAGCCUAUGUGUUUGUUUUUAAAAUGUUUUUGUUUUAUACUCUGUACAUACUAGGGAAACACUGUGGAAGAGUGCUAAGUCAACUGUUUUAAGCUCACAUCCCAGGAGACCCUUUUUCUUUAACCGGAGCUAUUACAAAAAUGUUGGUAUGAACUGUAUGAUUGUGAGCGGUGUGAGUAACCAUUACAUGGUGUAUGUUGUGCAGAUGGGCCAUGAUAACUGUGUGGUACAAGCGUACGGUCCGCCAACUACGUACUCUAGAUGGGGAAGCGGUCUCCUUUUGUAAAAAAAAAAAAAAAAAAAAACCCCUGAUUUGUAAAUUUAUCUCACGUCACCUCAAAUUGGGUCCCUAAAUGCCUCCCUUACUGCUUUAUUAAAUGGGGCCCUUGCUUUCCGAAUGUGCUUUAUAUGUGUAUCGCUGCAAAGAACCCCAUCAUCUCUCAUAUGUAAACUAAGCAGAAGCCUUGGUUGCCAACGUUGUUGAAGAGAGCAACUUCUCUCACGGGGUGGCACAGCAAUGUUUAGGGUUGGCGCCUGAAGUAGUUGCCACAGUACUUACCCGAACCCAGAUCUAAUCAGUAAAUAAGUGCACCACUGCAUGGUAAAGUAGUCCCACUGGUGACACAAUAACCAAGCAGACCUUUGUGUAGAAGACUUUGGUGUGUGUGUGUCAUGUUUGAACACACCAUGUGUACGUGAGGUGUGUCAAAGGAUGGAUCCUCCUGAUACAGUGGCCUAUACAUGGACUCGUGUCCCUUGUAAUCACGUGCGGAUUUAUAUUCUAAGCAAAUCCAAUAUAAAAAGGAUGCUAUUAGGUUUAUUAGGACAGCAUGACAGUAUGUAAAAAUGUUUAAACCUUGUGACGCGUAAGCUGCGGAACUAAGAGUUCCUACCAGCAUCAUGUAACAUGCAUUUACUAGUUGGCACGGAGUUUUACUACAUAUCAACAAGGUACUGAAAGUAUUAAAUGUGGAUUGGGCACAGGGCUGAGGUGGAGGUUGAAUCCACUUUGUGUCCUCGUACUUUUUGUGAGUCUCUAUCACGCACAAAAUUUUAAUUAAAUGAGUAUUUUGCAUUUCAGGAAUGUCAGGUCUAAAACUAUUUCUGUGCUGUUACAGGAGCUGAAUUUAUACUUGAAUUUUUUUUUUCCUAAUUCUUUUAAUCACUGUCAUAGCCAUUACUGUCAUCCUUUUUAAUGUUUUUGCUUAAGAUAAUAUUUUUAAAAGCCAGAAAAAACACCUUAAUAAUUAUGCGGUUAUAGAAUUGUCACUGAUCUUGAGCAUUAUGGUGUCACAUUCACAACCUGUAUGCGCUGUUCUUUUCAUGUGUUACAGGAUUGUUUAGUUGCAAUUGCCAAACAGUGUCUAAUACUGCAAAAGUUUAAAAAAUA